AUGUGCCGUUCUGAAGGAACAUCGAAUAAGGUUACUAAUUUUGAAAAUGUAAAACUUAUUUAGUGACUUUACUAUGGGAUGGUAAAUAUUGGAACUCCACCCCAAGUUUUUACUUGUCACAUUGACACCGGAAGUACAAUGAUAUGGGUUGUUCAAACUGGAUGCCAAGAUUGCCAUAAAUGCAACAACACCUUUACGCCUUCCAAAUCAAGUACAUUUUCUACAGAAUUCUACCCUUAUAAUUUAACUUACUUGAAAGGUAAGACUAUAGGAUAUAUUGCUUAUGACACUUUAAGUCUUGGGGAUGCAAGUAUAAAUGUAACUGACCAACCUUUUGUGCUUGCGAUUGGAGAAGAAGAUGACGAUGGUUAUGCAUCAGAUGGACUUAUCGGAUUUGCCUUUGAUUCUUUAGAGCCAGGCUACCCAUCCUUUAUGACCCAGUUAUAUAUUCAAGGGGAAAUCAAGCAUAGGACAUUUGCUCUUUAUUUAAACAAGGAAGGAGGAGAUAUUUCAUCAAAUCUCAUGAUCGAUGGCUAUGAUUUGAAAAAAUAUUCAAAAGAUAAAGACUUCCUCUAUUUAAAUAUAUACCAGCAAAGUGGCUUUUGAAAUCUUUUAAAUACCCAAUUUAGCUUUGGAAAUACAAUUCUAGCGACUUACAUUCCAGCUGUGCUUGAUUCAGGCACGUCAUGAAUUUAUGCCCCUGAAGAAAUAUAUGAAUCAAUUUUAGAUGAAUUUAUUGGGUCCUCCAGUUGCGAAAUGAUUUCAAAACAAAUACAAUGUCUUUGCGAUAAAAAGUACCCUGAUUUUAGCUGGAUAUUGAAUGGGCAUACGUUCAAUAUUUCGUCUGAAUCUUAUUUUUCUAAAAAACAAAAAAUUGAUGGAGUCAAUUUAUGCCAGUUCCUUCUUGGUAAGGGUUCAGAAGAUGCAUGACUGCUAGGUGAUGUUUUUAUGAGGAAUUUUUAUAUAAAUCAUGACAUGGAUAAUUUGAGAAUAGGAAUUGCAGAAGCUAGACAUAGUGAUAAUGCACUUAGGUGGAUUUUCGAAGGAUGGAAGCUGAUUCUUAUCCUAAUCAUUGCAUCUUAA